UAUAUCAUCAAAUCCACAGCCCAAACCGUCCACAGGAGAAGUGAACCGGCGCUACCCCACCAGGCUACCAUAGCCACCACCUCACACAACAACACUCCCCUAAACCCACUGCCCGGCUCACGCAGACGAGCACUGCAGUCUGCAGGCGUCGUCGAUCUCUUCCCCCCCAAACCCCCACCACCAAAAGUGCCGCUGCGACUGCGACUGCGAUCGAUGGCUGCCGCUGCCGCUGCCGCCGACGCCAGGGCCGCGCUGUCCCGCCCCCGCGUGGUGGCGAGGGUACUCGUGCACGCGGCGCAGGUCGUUGGCUUGGCCGUGCUCCUCCGCGCCUUGGCCGAGUCCCCCUGGGCUGCCGCCGCGGGCCCGUCCAUCCUGCGCGUCGCCGCUUUCUUCCUCUCCCCACCGCGCCUCUGCUUCCUCGCCGUCCACGUCAUCGUGAUCGUCCUCGCCAGGUUCAUCCCCCGCGACGCUGCCUCGCUCACGCCGUCGUCGUUCGCGGACCCUUCCGGCUCGCCGACGACGAGCUCGAACGGCGACGCCCCUCCUCAACAACACCCUAUCCUCGCGCUCCUGGAGGACCCGAAGCAGACGCAGCAGCUGCCGCCGAUCACCGAGUCGGAGCCCGGCUCCGGAGAGGAGGCAUCGCCGCCGCCGGAGGACGUGUUCGUGGACAAGGAGGCUGUGCACGUGACGACGGUGCGUAUCGCCCAGCCCCCGCUGCGGACCAUGUCGGAGAACACCGGCGGUGGCGCAGCGGACAAGGAGGCGGUGCAGGCGAAGACGGUGCGCGCCAAGCCCCCGCGGCGGACCAUGUCGGACAAGACCCGCGACGGCGGCGCAGCAGCAGGCCGUACGAGCACGGCGGCGGCGGCGGCGUCGCCGGAGCUGCGUCGAGCCAAGUCGGAGAACGGCAGGCGGCGGCAACGGCGUUCGGCAGCAGCGGCAGCGGCGCCGGUGGAGCUGGUGACGGACGACGCCGAGGCGUUCCGGCAGGCGGUGGAGGCGUUCAUCGCCAAGCAGCAGACGUGGUUCCACCGCGAGGAGUCGCUGAUCCUCGCCCGUGCAUCCGCCGCCGCCGCCGCUGACACCGGCGUGGAAGAUCGCCGGCGCUGCUGCUGCGGUGGCCGUGAAGUGAGCGCGUGAUCGAGCAACGCCGCCCGCCGCCACCAGUGUUCGCCGCUCGUAGCUGCAAAUAAGAGCGAUGAGUGUGAAAGGAUCGAGAGAGGGAGAAGAGAACAGUAGGGGCCAGGCCAACAACAGCCAACUGUGCUUUGUUAAUGAACAAGUUUUGCCUUUUGGAUGGCCGCCUUCUCGUC